AGUUUAGUGCCUGUGCGACUCUCGUCAUGGAACGCUUAGGCUUAGGACUGACUCCUCGCACGCCUACCGAACGUCCUCUUGCCACCACUGAGCGUCCUCUUACAACCAUCGAACGCUCUUCUUACAAGAGAACCGAUGCAUUCUACGCCAAAGAAAAAGAGGAUUUUCAAGAUUACAACAAUCGCCUGGAGCGAUACAUUCACCUUGUCAAGGGUCUUGAACGUGACAACUCACAGCUGGUCAAUGAACUACGCCUUCUGGCUGACACUUGGAAUCGAGACACUAAUGGAUACCAAAUCUCCUUCACCGAAGCUAUAAAAACGCAAAGAGAUAAAUCCGUGGCAGAGGUAAAGUCUUCAGUGGAACAAUCAAUUCGUGCCAAACGAAUCCGCCAUGAUAUUGAGGACUACAAUCGCAGAAUAGAUGAAAUUCGUCAUGCCGAAGAAGGAGAUCGUGCAAGAUGUGCGGAGCUUCAAUCUGAUAUUUCAAGUGCCGAGCGGGAAUUAGAAACCCAGUUGAGAGACAAUAAGCGCUUGGAUGACGAACGCAAUCAGCUUAGAAAUCAGAACGCCACCCUAUAUGAGGAUUACAAGCGAAUUUGGGAUGAGAUUGAUCGCAUCCGCCUUGAGUUGGCCGAGUACCAAGCAAGAGAACAGCGCCUUCUUGCUGAAAAAGAGUUCUUGCUCAAAGUACAAGAACGAGAAGCCGCAGAAAUUGGUAGCCUCAUUCCUGAAUCCUCUUUCGAUGCUAGAGAAUAUUUCAAGAAUGAUAUAGCUCUUGCGAUUAAGGACAUCAAAGUUGAAUACGAGGAAUCACAUAGAGUUAUUCGUUCUGAAGUAACGUCAUACUAUUACCAGAAGCUGGACGAGCUGCGCAAACUGGCAGAGGGCUUACCUUCAGACGAACCUCGAUUGCGCCAAGAGCUGAUAAGCAAAAUGGAGAACAUGAUCGGUGACCUUAGGAUGCAAUUCGGCACUCUCGAGAAUAAGAACCGAAUGCUUGAAGACCAACUGAGACAGAUACAGAAUACGUUGAGAGAUGAUAUCGAUAGAUACGAAGAUGACAUGCGACGUAGACACAAUCAAUACAAGGAAGCCCUUGAAUCUUACCAGCGCCUGCUUUUGGAACAAGGAGCAGAAGGAGAUGAGCUGGCCUUACUAGAACUAGAAAUUUACAGAAGGAUACUCGAAUGCGAAGAAAAGAGGUGGGGAGCGCACAUAGCAACAAUGCACGAGUCCUACUCUCAAAUUACCAAGCAUAGGACAUAUAUUACAGAUGUGUACAUCAAGGAUUGUGACGAACACGGCGACUAUGUGAUUGUUGAGAACUUAGGCUAUACUAGUCAAAAUUUGGGCGGGUACCGUCUUAGCAGAAGGGUAGGUGGCCGUGAACGGUCCUUCACUUUCCCGGAUCCAUUCAUUCUUGGACCUAGACAAACCGUUCAAGUAUCUGCCCGAGGCUACACUUCCCAAAGACGAGAAUGCAACCACUAUCUGACUUUCGAUAGUGAUAUCACCUGGGGCACAAACGAAGACUUUGUGACUCGCCUUUACGACAAAGAAGGCGUUGAAGUGUCAACUAUCGAAGAACGAGAAAGAAGUUAGAUGAACUUGCCGCAAGGAUGUUAGUGUAGCUAGAUACUCAUCUACCCCUUGCUGUACACCUAUGUAAUAGACUAUUGAUAGCGUUUCCUUGAUAAAUACAAGGUCAUUGGACGAUAUAUAUCCGCUCUCAUGCCUGAACUCGGCAUUUCUCUUCAACACUUGUUUGCAUGUGAACAAGUAGUGAGGUUUAAGUUCAAUGCUGUCUAGGAUUAUGUUGCAGCGGAUUAGACAAACUAUUGCUUUCACAGUUACACUGCCUUUGUGAGAGUCUCCA